AUGCAAUACGCGCGGCAUGACGUGACUACUGGCAUAUUAAGCUUAGAGUCAGUUCAGCUAGAUUUGGGCUUGCUUGGUUGGAUCGAGACAGCGUUGUUAAGCCUACUUUUUAAAGACACUCUAUUGAAGAAGACAAUGGGCGACGAUAUUGAUGCGAGGGAAAAUAUAUUGAGCAAAAGGCUACUUGAAGCCGGAUGCGAAUGCUGUGAUUCUUCCGCCACACUCCGUGAAUUAUUGGCAGACGUUGUCAAGGAUAUCCAUGAAAAGGAUGUUGCUAUCGCGUUGGGAUGUAUGGCGCGAGCUUAUGCAGAUAUCCAUGGUACUACCACCACAUCCGGAGAAUCGAAUUGGAAUGUGGAAAAUUUCGUUGCAGUGAUUGUUGAUUUGGUACCUACCAUUGAUUGGGAAAAGGUGAUGCAGAGCUUGGAUUAUCCACAUUUCUUUGUCUAUGAUGCCAAGGGCUUGGGAACCAUUGUUCGUGCAUGGAAACAUUGUCCAAAGAGUUCUGAACCAUUUCCUGCAAACAUCUUUUUCGGCAAAUGGCGAAAUCUCAAAGGUCAACUUGGUGCACUUUAUCAAAUGGUGAAUGCUCCCAGCGAUCUUCUCAGUUUACCAGCAUGUUCGGAGGCAAAAGUGAUUACCAUGGAUGACUUUGGCGAAUCCAGCACACACAUCCAAAACUUGGCAGCCCAAUUUAUGGACAAUCAAUUGAACUCUUUGGAUUUGAUCGAAUGCGUCAUCGGGUUAGCAGAAACCGCCAUCGUGGAUGAUGUCAAGGUGUUUACGGAUAUGAUGGUCAACAAGGCUCCCGAGUUGGUAUUCCUUGGUUUCCUUCAAUCCAAGAUAACGAUGCCAGUGUACCAUAAGGAUAUUCUCGGGCGCCUCUUGUUGAUGUACAUGACAGGCAACAGCAGCAGUCCAUUGGUGCUUACCAAGAUGUGGCAAAUCAAUCCCGAUUUCUUCACGAGGAGUAUUAUGGAUAUGUACAGUACGGAUGCCAACAUGAUAUCAAGGAUAUUGGAUAUUGCUCAUGAGCUUAAAAUCCUCGAUUACAUGUUGAACUUGCAGCCCUAUUUCUUCUCCAUUGAUUUGGCAGCAUUGGCAUCUCGACGCGAGUUUUUGAAUUUGGAAAAGUGGCUUCAAGAAAAGAUUGCUGAGCAAAAGGAUGCAUUCAUUCGUGUGUGUUUGGAAUUCCUCAGUCAAAAGGUGGCGGCUGAAAUAUCACGACAAGAGGCCAAUGCCACACCGCAGACAAUUCCUUUACCCGUGGAGAUCAUUGGUGUUUUCUUAAAGGUGCUUGGUGAAAGUCCUAUGAUUGCAGAGAAUACGGAGCUUCUCAAAGAGGUGCAAACAGUGUGUCUUCAAUCCUAUCCAAAGUUGAUCAAUAUUCGCGGCAAUACGGAAGGAGGAAGAGGAUCGAAUGAUGCGGAGGUGACCUUUAGUCAAGACAUUGAAAACGAGGCCAAUUCCUAUUACGAGCGGAUCUACAGUGGUGAAAUGAGUGUGGAUCAAUUGGUGGAACGACUCAAGGCCUUUAGUCAAUCAAAGACAGCUCGUGAGCAGGACAUAUUUGCAUGCAUGAUCCAUAACCUUUUCGAUGAAUACCACUUUUUCCCAAAGUACCCUGACAAGGAACUCUCGAUUACCAGCACGCUUUUUGGAUCACUCGUACAGCAUCAUUUGGUUUCCUAUGUGCCUCUUGGUAUCGCUCUUCGAUGUAUCCUUGAUGCGCUUCACAAUCCAGCAGGCUCCAAAAUGUUCAAUUUCGGUUUACAAGCCUUGUCUCAGUUCCAAUCUCGGUUACCCGAAUGGCCCCAGUAUUGUGUCAAUUUACUUCAGAUCCCACAGCUGCAACAAGCAAAUCCAGAUUUGGUACGAUUCAUUGGCACAUCAUUGCAAUCAGCUCAACCUGAGAGUGGAGCAGGAGAUGCUUUACCACCACAAGAUAUACCCACACAACAAGCAUCUCAAGUCCCUGAUAUUUCAUCCUUGACUGAAGCAACAGCAGCAGCAGCACGUCCUACUGAUGUUGAACAACAACCACAACCACAACCACCCUUCACAUCCAUUCAUUUACCCGAUAUGCCAUCUGAUAACAUCAGCUAUGAGACACCCACAGAGGCUAUCCAGGACAAGAUCCUCUUCAUCAUCAACAAUAUCGCUCGCAACAAUCUUCAAGAUAAGACAGCCGAAUUGGCCGAGGUGCUUGAUAAGACUGCUUACUUGUGGUUCAGCAACUACCUUGUUGUCAAACGUGUCAGCCGCGAGCCCAAUUAUCAUGAGCUGUAUCUUUUGGUGAUGGAUGCCAUGAAUAGCCGAUUAUUGUACCAGCAUAUUUUGCGAGAUACCUAUGCCAACAUUCAAAUCCUGCUCAAUUCUGAAAAGACUAUAAAGUCAUCGUCGGAGCGAAGUUUGCUAAAGAAUCUUGGAUCAUGGCUUGGUGCAAUUACCUUGGCUCGUAACAAACCUAUUCGGCAUAAGAAUAUUGCCUUCAAGGAUCUCUUACUGGAGGGCUUUGAUAGCAAUCGUUUGAUCGUGGUGAUUCCUUUUGUAUGCAAAGUCUUGGAGCAAUGCAACAAUAGCGUCGUGUUCAAACCUCCCAAUCCAUGGUUGAUGGCGAUCCUCAAGUUGUUGGUCGAGCUCUAUGAGUGUGCCGAAUUGAAGCUUAACCUAAAGUUUGAGAUUGAAGUAUUAUGCAAGGGGUUGUCACUUGAGCUUGAAGAAAUCGAAGCGACAUCCAUUCUCAAGAAUCGACCUUCCAAACAAGCAGGUGGCCUACCUGAAGGCUUGGAAAAGAUGCAUGAAUUAUCAGCUGGUAAAUUCCCCGGGCCCAGUAUGAUGUUUCCAGGAGGUGGUGGAGUCUUGGAUGGAACAAGCACGGCGACGGAGAUGGAUGAAUCAGCAUUCUCAAUACCCAACAUUGCACCUUAUCUCGUGUUCAACCCACAAAUCAUCUUGUAUUCAUCACAACCCGCUUCCAAGCGAUGGGUACUACAAGCCAUUAUGCAAUCAAUACGCGAGAUUAUUGAACCUGUUGUUGAACGCUCAGUGGCCAUUGCGGCUGUUUCUACACGUGAACUUGUCACCAAAGAUUUGGCGGUGGAACCUGAUGAAAACAAGAUGCGUAAAGCGGCUCAUUGGAUGGCACAAAAUUUAGCGGGAAGCUUGGCUAUGGUGACAUGUAAAGAACCGCUUCGUAUGAGCAUGGUGACCAAUUUGCGAGCUAUAUUCAUGUCCAAUGGAUUGACAGACGCCAUGGCAGAGCAAGCGGUCUUGUUGACGGUUUCCGACAAUUUGGAUCUUGUUUGUGCAGUGAUUGAAAAGGUGGCUAUGGAAAAGGCAACAGGCGACAUUGACGAGGUGCUGAGGAACUCGUAUGCCAGUCGAAAGAAGCAUCGUGAGCAGCGACCUGGUCAACCUUAUUUCGAUUUGGAAGUGUAUUCAAUGACGAGAUACCCUGCUUCGCUUCCUGAACCUUUGCGAGCCAAGACAAGUGGAUUACAACCCAAUCAAUUACGUGUCUAUGAAGAUUUUACACGUAUCCCAAGAACAGCACAACAAGUCCCUGAUGCAGAUCGACCGAUACCACGUGCUGAUGCUGCUGCUGCUACUACUACGGCUGCCAUGUCCUCUUAUGGUUACAAUGCAAUGGCCCCUACUACUGCUGGUGCUGGUGGCAAUACUGGUUAUGAUGGCAUGCCCAUUCAACCCAACGCCCAUCAAAUUCUUGAACGCUUCACCCAAUACCUUGCCGAAUUGGAAAAACUUGCCAGCCAAACCAAUGCACCCAACUUUGCAUCAUUGCCGCCCCUCCAUGAUAUUCGUGUGAUUAUUCGUCAAGUGCCCAUGUUGGCAUUAUCAAGCUUUGACAAGGUGGAAACGGCACGUGCUUUUGCCCAAAAAGUAGUAUCCCUAUUAUACAAGAGCGAGACUCAGCUUGUACGGGAGAUGUACGUUGUGUUAUUGGAACGAUUAUGCGAGGUGUCUCCCAAUGUUGGCACCCUGGUUACUUAUUGGCUUACGCAUGUGGAUGAUGAGAGGAAAUACAAUGUGCCUGUCACGAUUGCAUUGAUGAAAGCUGGGUUGAUCAAUAUCGCUGAACAAGAUCAAGAACUCGGAUUACUUGUUGAUAGUGGACGAAUGGUUGCCAUUGACUUUGCUGCUAUGCUUGUUCAUACAUGCAUCUUUGAAGAAAACAUUGCUAGCCCUCAAGACUUUGUUGUGUCUCUGGAAGCCAUUAGUCGAUUGCGUGGCAAGGUGCCUGACAGCGUACUUGUGUUGAUGGAAAGCUUACAUGGCACCAACCAAAAUCGUGGCAAGGAUAUCCAAGAUGAGGAAGCCGGUCUUCGAGAGCAUUUGCAGUAUCUUUUUGCCGAGUGGAUUCGUCUUUGCCAACAUCCCUCCACCACUGAAAAGGCCCAAAACACUUUCCUUAUGCAAUUGUCACAACAAGUGAUUUACAAGAGCGAGGAUAUGUCGUCAUUGUUUUUCCGAUUAUGCGUGGAAAUGGCGGUGGAUCGUGCUGCAAAGUUGAAACAAGUGCCUGGUCAAUCACCUGGUGUCCCUUAUCAGCUCAUUGAUGCCUUCUCCAAGCUUGUCAUUGGGCUUCUCAAGAUCCAAAUGGAGUCAAACAACUCAGCCGCCAUGGUCAAUCAAUUCUCAAAGGUAUUAUCAGUCAUUGUACUCGUCCUUGCACAACACCAUGAACAAGGUCGCCAUCAAUUCAACCAACGUCCUUUCCUUCGACUCUUUACUUGCUUGCUUGGUGAUCUUCACGCUGCUGAACAGCAAUUCCAAUCAUCCUACCUUGCUAUAUUGAACGCAAUGAGCAAUACCUUCCAUACACUUCAGCCUACCUUUUUCCCUGGAUUUACAUUUGCAUGGCUUCAACUGAUAUCGCACAGACUCUUCAUGCCCAAGUUACUCUUGACGGAGAAUCAAAAAGGAUGGUCUAGUUUCCACAAGCUUCUCAUAUGCUUAUUCCAAUUCCUGGCACCUUUUCUUCGUGGCGUGGAACUCAAAGAUACGACGCGUAUGCUUUAUCGGGGAUCGCUGCGUAUCUUGUUGGUGUUACUGCAUGAUUUCCCUGAAUUCUUGUGCGACUACCAUUUCAGUUUUUGCGACGUGAUUCCUGAAUCUUGCAUCCAGCUACGAAACCUCAUCUUGAGUGCUUUUCCACGCAAUAUGCGAUUGCCUGAUCCAUUCACACCUAAUCUCAAGGUCGAUCUUUUGCCAGAAAUCAACCAAGCACCCCGUAUUCUUUCCGAUUAUGUGGGACCCCUCGUAGCGAACGGUGCCAAGAAUGAGAUUGAUGGAUUUAUCAAUGCGCAUAUGCCAAAACGAUUUGUAACCGAAUUGGUGAAAAAGCUACAAUCCGGCAACGGCAACGGCAACGGCAACAACAACGUGGAUCAACAAGGUGGAAGAUACAAUAUUCCUUUGAUGAACUCGGUUGUUUUCUAUGUGGGCGUCAAGGGAAUCUCGCUUGGUAUCCCAGUGAAUCAAGGUGCACCCAUGGAAAUCUAUCAGCAUUUGUUGACCGAUUUGGAUCCAGAAGGUCGAUACGUAUUCUUGAGCGCCAUUGCCAAUCAGUUGCGAUAUCCCAACAGCCAUACUCAUUAUUUCAGCUGUGUCCUCUUGUAUCUUUUUGCUGAGAGUGAUCAGGAGGCGAUCAAAGAGCAAAUAACGCGAGUGUUACUGGAAAGGCUGAUUGUGAAUCGUCCACACCCUUGGGGUCUUCUCAUCACUUUUAUUGAACUCAUCAAGAAUCCAAGGUAUAACUUUUGGAACCACGCCUUCACUCGAUGCGCUACCGAUAUUGAACGCCUCUUCGAGAGUGUCUCAAGAUCCAUCAACCAGAUAUAG